UUUAUUUAUUUUCAUUUGUAUGUGUUUUUGGCUCUCGGUGGCGCAUUUUUUUCCCUAACAGCCUGUACGUAUGCCUCGCACCCUCUCGGUAAUUCAUAAAGAGUAAACAAUGUGCAAAGCAAAUGAAGGAUACAGUGGGAGUUAACUGUGGAUACUCUUGGAUUUAACAGUCGGUGACUGUAAAAACAGAGACUCAGUCAAACUUAUGGCGUGAAGGGCCUGUUCUUGGCCUUCGUCACUUACAGCUAAUGGAUGUCUUUACCCAGUAUGCCUAUAAUGACAGUUUCUACGACAAUGGAACAUGGGGCUUCAACGAAACAGACCAAGAACAAAAGCACCCAUACAACUACUAUGCCAUGCUGCUCACGCUGCUCAUCUUUAUUAUCGUCUUCGGCAACGUGCUAGUGUGCAUGGCUGUGUCAAGAGAGAAGGCUCUGCAGACCACCACCAACUACCUGAUCGUCAGCCUGGCUGUGGCUGACCUACUGGUAGCCACACUGGUUAUGCCCUGGGUCGUCUACUUGGAGGUAGUAGGAGAAUGGCGCUUCAGCAAGAUCCACUGUGACAUCUUUGUCACUCUGGAUGUGAUGAUGUGUACAGCCAGCAUCCUCAAUCUCUGUGCCAUCAGCAUUGAUCGUUACACAGCAGUCGCAAUGCCAAUGCUGUACAACACUCGCUACAGUUCCAGGAGACGGGUCACAGUAAUGAUCUCUGUGGUGUGGGUACUGUCUUUCGCCAUAUCAUGUCCCCUUUUGUUUGGCCUGAAUAACACAGCUACUCGCGAUGAGUCUCUCUGUGUGAUCGCCAAUCCAGCCUUUGUGGUGUACUCUUCCAUCGUGUCCUUCUAUGUUCCCUUCAUCAUCACGCUGCUGGUUUAUGUGCAAAUUUAUGUGGUCCUGAGGAAGCGUAGAAAACGUGUAAACACAAAACCAAAGCAGCGUGUAUGUCAGGCUGCCGACCCUGAUAUCGCCCCUUCGCUGAAGGAUAAGUGCACUCAUCCAGAGGAUGUGAGGUUGUGCACCAUGAUUGUUAAAUCUAAUGGGAGUUUUCCUGUCAACAAGAAAAAAGUGAUAUUUAUUAAAGAUGUAGCCAAUGAGGGGGAGGAUCUGGAGCUGGAUGAGCUGAACCACAGUGGCAGCAGCCAGAAACAGAAGCAGCAGCCUGAGUGCGCUCUUGGAGACACUUUGGCCACCAGCCACCAACUAUUGAUGCCAAACAAGGCCAACGCUAGCCCAACCUCCUCACCACCCACACCCCCUGAGGAGGGCAGGAAAGCAGAAAGGAAUGGAGACCCUACAAAAGAGGCCAUGGGGGAUCCAGCACCUGUUGUGGCCAAAGCCUUCCAGACACAGGCCUUACCUAAUGGCAAGACUCAGACCUCUGUGAAAACCAUGAGCAAGAGGAAGAUCUCCCAGCAGAAGGAGAAGAAGGCCACUCAGAUGUUAGCCAUUGUCCUUGGUGUAUUCAUCAUUUGCUGGCUGCCAUUUUUCAUUACACAUAUCUUGAACACCCACUGCACAAAAUGCAAGGUCCCUGCUGAGAUGUAUAAUGCUUUCACAUGGCUGGGCUACGUGAAUAGUGCUGUAAAUCCUAUCAUAUACACCACCUUUAAUGUCGAGUUCAGAAAAGCAUUCAUUAAGAUCUUGCACUGCUGAACUGCGGCAUCACUUGUCUGAUCAGACUGAGGGAGGAGUGAUGAAUAAAAAGCAUUUCUUCUAGCAAAUACCUCAUCCUGUUAAGGAAAACGCACCACAGGGGGAAACUGCGAUCUGCUUUUUAAAGUUAUGGAGCUGAGUGACUGAAACACUGACAGUGUCUUCUUGAAAGACAUGUUGGCUCUAUGUGAAUUGUUUGUGGAGUCAUGUUCUCCAAAUCACUGAAUGUAAAACAAGAAAUGUCUGUAACAUUGACCUGUUUCAUGGAGAAAAGAAAAAAUGUAAUAUUGUUCUCUAAAAUCAUUGUGCUUGUCACGUAAGGAGCCAUCUGUGUAUACCACACACAUACAAGUUGCAAAUUGCUAUUUAUUGUGUGUGUAUUUUUGUGUUUUGAUGAUGGAAAUCUUCAGCAAAUCUUAUAGAUAUCAAGUCAGUGUUCAUUGCAGUGUUAAAACUGAUACGUGAGCUCUUAAUCUUUAAAACUUAUCACUGAUUGGAAUGUGUGUUAAUGACAAGAGACA